GCUGUCAGAGCACUGUGGCGUUUCAGGACAGCGAUAAAAGAAAACCUCAAGGGGAGGAAAACCAUCCGAAAACUCUCACUCGAUCAUCAAACCGAGUCUUGUUGUUGUUGUUGUUAUUGUUUCUAUUUUCAUCAUGAAAGCCAUCAGUCCCGUCCGCUCGGCGAGGAGCUGCUACAAGGCCGUGUGCUGCAUUUCGGAGCAGAGUCUCGCCAUCAGCCGGAAUAAACACUCGUGUCUGGAGGAGCCGGUGGGCGCCCUGUGCGACAUGAACGACUGCUACUCCAAGCUCAAGGAGCUGGUGCCAAGCAUCCCGCAGAACAAGUCGGUCAGCCAGGUGGAGAUCCUGCAACACGUUAUCGACUACAUCUUCGACCUGCAGAUCGCGCUGGAGGCGGAGGACACAGCCACGCCGGAGAUGGUGUUAUCAAUAAAGACCGCGGACCUUUCUCGCAAUUUCUCCAAAGAAGAAGGGCGGUUGUGCCAUUAAGAUGAAGGAAGAUUAUGGUGCAGGGAAACACAUGUCUCCACUUCACUCCGGGCAAGAGGACAAGAGGGGCAGAAAGGGUGGGAUAGGUAUUUGGGAGAGAAAGAGAAGAAGAAGGAGGAGGAGGGUUUAAAGAAGAAAAGACAGAAAAAGUGGACUGUUUCCUCGAUGAGUGGGGAUCAACAGUGGUGCAUGAGCAAGAAAACCAAGACUCUUUUAUUUUUUUAUUUUUUUUUGGGCCCCUGGACAGACAAAUCAAGAGACCAAAGCAGAAGCCAGGAUUGGAAAUUGAACGCAACCGGCUUUGUAUACCCUCCUCCAAAAACCUGGGAUCCCUUAUAGGUAGAAGUAGAAACAUUGGUACAUUGUUGUUUUUAUUUUCCUUAUUUUGUGUUGCAUUCCAAGCCUACUUUUAAGUGGGUUAAACUUCACAACCAACCAGAAUCCUUUCUACACCAAGUCUCACAUCAUCUCACAUAAUUAUCCCUGUAAAAUGUUCCCCAUCUGAUUUCUAAUGAUCUGGAGACUGUUGCAACUUUUUACGAAUGUGUACAUAUCUGCUGUGGGUAUGUGAGGUGUGAGUCAAUUUGGAUGUUAUUUUUUCUGAAUGGGAGUUUGGGUUUUCUUAGGUAUAAUCAGAACUCUAUACUAGAGUUAAUUGUAAAUGUUUGUAGGGAUUGUGUUAUUUCUACAGACAAUGUGCUGUGAGUUUCAUAAACUCUUAAUUAUAAAGUUUGCUUUCUAUGUAUGUUCUUAUGUAAUGAAAUAAUAAAAAAAAAAAAGAUAUGAAACAA